UAAUGAAAGCAUUAUUAUUAGUUGUUCUUUUGGCUUUUGCUGUUGCAUAAGAUGAUCCAGUUGAAUUAUGUGUUAGAGAAAAAUGCCCAGAUGAAGUUGCUGCUUGUGAAAAGAAUGCCUUCUGUGCUAUUGCUGCAACAAAUUGUUCAAAUAAAUGUUCAGCUGAUUAUGAUUGUUUAGUUGAAUGUGCUAAUAAAUCAGGAAAUAAAUUACUUAUUGCAUUGUAUUAAUUUACAAUUUAAACAACUUUAGGAGUAAAUGUGGUCAAGCCAAUUGUUACCCAUCAUUCAAAUUCUCAUCUGAAUGUGAUGUAGCUACUUGUGCUGCCAUCUUAAGAGAAGAGUGUCUUGAUUAAAAUUCAUUAUCAAGCUUUUAAUGUGCCUUUGGCUUCUUUGAAAGACAUCCAGAAUGCGAGUGCGUCUAAGAAUUAGUAUGAA